CAUACACAUCCACAUACCACCUCACCAAACACAUCGAAAACCACACUAUACAAAAUGUCAGGACUCAAGGACAAGAUUCUGGGCAAAGCCGGCAAGGCUCUCUCGCAGGGCUCCAGCCUGCCUGCUACCGGCCCAUUGAAGGAGAAUGACCCGCAUACUGGCACCGUUGACUUGGCUAAGUUGCAGGGAAAAAACAUCAUUGUGGGCGUGCCUGGAGCGUUUACUCCGCCAUGCUCCUCGCAAGUCCCCGGCUACGUCGAGAAGGCCGACGCUUUCAAGGCGAAGGGCGUGAACGGAAUCUACAUCGUUGCUGUGAAUGACCAGUUUGUUGUUCAGGCUUGGAAGGAGAAGCUAGGCGCUAAGCAUGAGAAUGUGCACUUCUUGGCCGACGACACCGGUGCGUUCACCGAGGCGGCGGGCAUGUCUUUCGACGCUUCUGGUCUUUUGGGCAACAACCGCUCGUCGAGAUACGUUGCCGUGGUAGAGUCGGGGAAGGUCACUCAUGUCUUCAAGGAGGAUGAGGCACCAUCUGUUACUGUUACCGCUGCGGAUGCGGUUUUGGGACAUCUGUAGAUGGUCAAUAGGAGGAUAGAAAGAUACCAGGUCUUCCCGUAUGAUUGAUAAAUGAGGCCUUUGUUGUCCG